AUGCUGAUGUCUCGGCCUCAUGCUUUCCCUUUCAUGCUCUGCCAACCUCUGCCCAUCCCUCUCUCCCUGCUUGACUCACCGUGGCAGUACCACCUGCCAGAGGCGUAUGACAAGGAGGAGAAGGUGCAGCAGGACAAGAGAUUCGCCGUGGCCAUGAAACGAUACCAGGAUGUGGAGGGCGAUGACAAGGUGACUCCACGUGCAGAGCAGGAGGCGUGGGAGAAUCAUCAAAUAGGCAAGGCAACGGUGAACUUUGGGUCCAAGGACCGUAAGGUGGACUCAGAGCAGUACGAGUAUGUGUUUGAGGAUCAGAUCGACUUCAUUAAAGAUACCAUCAUGGCGGGAGAUGACAGGGAAGGUUCAGAGGACGAGGAGGAGAGGGAGCGGCAGGUGGAGGUAUCGAAGGCCAAGUCAGCGUUUGACAAGAUACAGGCGGAGAGGAAGAAUUUGCCCAUGUACCGCUACAGGGAGGAGCUGCUGCAAGCUAUCAACGACCACCAGGUGCUGGUGAUUGUAGGGGAGACGGGGUCGGGCAAGACGACUCAGAUCCCGCAGUAUUUGUAUGAAGAGGGAUACGGCAAGCGUGGCAAGAUCGUCAUCCUUGCCUGCCUGUCCCGCCCGCAGAUCGUCAUCCUUGCCUGCCUGUCCCGCCCGCAGAUCGGGAGAGUAGCAGCCAUGAGCGUGGCUGCACGCGUCGCCCAGGAGGUGGGGUGCAAGCUGGGGCACGAGGUGGGCUACUCCAUUCGCUUUGAGGACUGCACGUCCGACAAGACCAUUCUCAAAUACAUGACCGACGGCAUGCUCCUCCGAGAAUUCCUCAGCGAACCAGACCUUGCGAGCUACUCCGUCAUGAUGGUGGACGAGGCACACGAGCGGACGCUUCACACGGACGUGCUGUUUGGGCUCGUGAAGGACAUUGCAAGGUUUCGGCCGGAUCUGAAGCUGCUGAUAUCGAGCGCGACCCUCGACGCAGAGAAGUUCAGCGAGUAUUUCGACUUUGCGCCGAUUUUCCGGAUUCCCGGGAGGAGGUAUCCCGUGGAUAUACACUACACGAAGGCGCCUGAGGCGGAUUAUUUAGAUGCGGCGGUGGUAACCGUGUUACAGAUCCAUGUAACGCAGCCGGCAGGAGACGUGCUGGUGUUCCUGACCGGGCAGGAGGAGAUUGAGGCAGCAGAGGAGAUUCUCAGGCAUAGGACCAAGGGGCUGGGGACGAAGAUUGCCGAAAUGAUCAUCUGCCCGAUUUACGCGAACCUGCCCACGGACAUGCAGGCGAAGAUUUUCGAGAAGACGCCCGAGGGAGCCCGGAAGGUGGUUCUGGCGACCAACAUCGCAGAAACUUCCCUCACGAUCGACGGGAUCAAAUACGUGAUCGACCCGGGGUUUGUGAAGCAGAAGAGCUACAACCCGCGCACCGGCAUGGAGUCGCUUAUCGUCACCCCCGUGUCGAAAGCACAGGCGAACCAGCGGGCGGGGCGGGCGGGUAGAACUUCCCCCGGGAAAUGCUUUCGGCUGUACACAGCAUGGUCGUAUGCGAAUGAGUUGGAGGAUAAUACCGUGCCGGAGAUUCAGAGGACAAACCUCGGGAAUGUGGUGCUGAUGCUCAAGUCUCUUGGGAUAAAUGAUCUCUUGAAUUUCGACUUCAUGGACCCGCCCCCUGCGGAGACGCUGCUGCGGGCGCUGGAGAUGCUGUACGCGCUGGGGGCACUGAAUGACCGCGGGGAGCUGACCAAGCUGGGCAGGAAGAUGGCAGAGUUUCCUCUCGACCCGCAGAUGUCGAAGCUUCUCGUCGCCUCCGAUAAGUACCUCUGUUCCGAGGAAGCGGCCACCAUAUGCGCCAUGCUAUCGGUGGGCAACGCUGUCUUCUACCGCCCCAAGGACAAGCAGGUGCACGCAGACAAUGCACGCAUGAACUUCCACACGGGCAACGUGGGCGACCACAUAGCGCUGCUGAGGGUGUACGAGCAGUGGGCCGAGACGAGCUUCUCCUCCCAGUUCUGCUACGAGAACUACAUUCAGGUGCGAAGCAUGAAGAUGGCACGGGAUGUGCGCGAUCAGCUGAUGGGGCUGCUGGAGCGAGUGGAGAUUGAACCCAGCAGCAGCAGUGGUGACCUGGAUGCAAUCAAGAAAGCCAUUACCGCUGGUUACUUCUACCACACGGCCCGCCUUCAGAAGAAUCGCACGUACCGCACCGUGAAGAACCCCCAGACGGUGCACAUCCACCCGAGCUCGGGGCUAGCGCAGGUGCUGCCGCGGUGGGUGGUAUACCACGAGCUGGUGUACACGAGCAAGGAGUUCAUGCGCCAGGUCGUGGAGAUCAAGCCUGAGUGGCUUGUGGAGAUUGCACCGCACUACUACAAGCUGAAGGACGUGGAAGAUUCCGGGGCACACAAGAUGCCCAAGGUGGUGGGCAAGGCAGCCGAGAAGUAG